AUGACCCAGAAACCUGAGCUGGCGAAAGACUCGCAAGUCGAAGAGAAUGGAUCUCUUGUUAGAUUCAGUGGCCUUGACGACCCGGAUAUGCCACUGAACUGGCCCCUGAACAAGAAAAUUAUUACUACCGCAAUGUAUGGAUUUACUACAAUGGGUGCUACUCUUGCCACUGCCAUGCAUGGUGUGAUCGGUGAUAUAUGGACGCCACAACAGCGAGGGAUAGCCCUCGUGUUUUACUCAUUUUGCACGGCUAGCGGGCCGGUGCUUGGGCCAGUUGUAGGAGCUGCGCUACACGACAAGUGGAGGUGGACAGAAUAUAGUAAUGGCGGGAAAGCUCUGCUGCGUGUGGAUGCUCGUGAUGAGCAUGUUCGUCAUGCUGUUAUUAGACGAGACGUAUGCACCAGCUAUAUUGACUAG